AUGAGCACAGCAGUUGCAAUGGCCCCGUCUCCGGGUCCCCAUGAUAGGCCGUCGUCGUAUGGCUCUGACCUUCCUUCUACCACGACUUCCCCGGCUGCGCAGAGGACAGUAGCUGCUCCUCCGCCUCCUCCGCCAGCAAAUGCAGCGCCAAGUAAUGCGUCUGCAGCACAACCACCACGGUCCGGGAGUGGCAGCCCAAGGGCGGCUGGUGCGGCGGUGAACUCGCAGAAAUCAUCUAGGAAUGGCGAAAGGCCAAAAAUCAUUGUGAAAAAGGAGCCCGGCUCCCCGGGUCUGCCCACCGCCAGACACCGACCGAAAAAGCUGGACCUCUCCAGGAACACGAGUAUUGUGUCUCCCGCCACUGGGCGGCCCCUGACCGCGCGAGAGGGUGCACUGGGCAUUCAAGAGGUUGGCAUCGCCUGCCUAUCACCAGGCUUCGUUCCCAAGGACGCCACGGAGCAGGAGCAGCUGAACCGCAGCAUGAGUGUCCGGGAGCACCAGAGACAAAUCAUCGAGGCGAGGUUGCAACAGCAGUCGGCGAAGAUGGGAGACGGCUCGGAGAAGGAUAGCAACGGAAGCCACUUCGCUGCCAAGACACCGGGCCUUGCGCGCAAGCGCGGUGCGCCGCCAGGUCUGAGCAUCGUUGCGCCGUCGCCCCAGCAGUUCGCAACCGAGAGGGUUAUCCAGUCCGCACCGCUCGGCCAGUCAUUCACUGGGAGGCACAACCCACACCCACUGACGCGGCACAUUACCAACCAACCCUCGAACCUGGCCAGCACGUCGCACAUCCACCACGUGCCCGCCACCCAGACAAACAACCGGCUCCCGCCAAUUGCCGACGUCUUCGGGCAGAAUCUCUCCGGUCACCCUGACUCCAGCGGCCACGCGUUGUUUGCCAACCAGAACCAGAACCGAGGCCCCCUUCCAUCCCCACACCACCCCCCGCCUCCGCCACCACAGCAAACCCGUUCCAGGGAGUACAAGUCGGCCGAGGAAGCCCAGGUUGAGCUGGCCGGCGGCCGGCCAGAGCUUCUCCCAAAGCUAGUACGGUACGGCGGCCACCAGCCCCCAACUCCGCCGUCCCCUCCGCAUCCACACGCGCGCGACCAAGCCUCACACCAUCACCAUCACCAUCAACAUCCCCACGGCAACCAAGGCCAUAACCAUAGCAGACCGCCACCGCCACCAGGCCCGGCCGCCCCAACCGCCGCACCACCCACGGCUACUGCUGCGGCUCCCACCAGCUCCAUGAAGCGGAGGCGCGACCAGUACGAGGAAGGCGGCAGUCCGCCGCUGGGUAACGGGGCACGGCCGGCUCCGGCAGCGCCGAUGCCGUUCUCGUCGAUGGGCGCGAGGAGGGGCCCGUUCGGCGAGGGACGUGACAGCCCCGACACGAUCGAGGCGAAGAAGGAGGAGUUCCUGGCUUUGUGCUCCCGGGCCUGGGAUCUUUUCCAUUCAUGACCUUGAUCUCCCUCUCCUCCCGCCCACCCCCUCGUCCCUCGAGCUAGUUACUGGAUCUUGCUCUUGUCGGCUGUGGAAGGCUUGGUGUUGGAGGAAUUCUAGAGGUGAUGUUGAUGUCGGUUUCGGAUCCACGGGUUCAUGCGUUGCUGCUGUCCGAGAU